GGGCGGGUGCACACUUGCCGUGGGCAACAUUGGGACAUCUUGCGUCGCAGGGAAGCACACACGCCAAUCGCAGGGUGCCGCAAUGGCCUCAAAGUUGCCACUGUAAAUUCCCGUCCUGGCAAUACUCCCCGUACUUCUCAAAAGGUCUGCAUUUAUUGAUAGAGAUGGUAGUAGUAGCCUUACCGAGCACCGAUGGUGAUCACAGACGACCUGACGCAUUUUGAUCGCGCCGCCGCUUGUACGCAGUUGUCUGCCGCUUUUCUCGGUGCGUGCCCAUCUCGUAUUGACUAGAUCGUCAAGGUGGAAGAUGGUGGUGGGUCCACUGGUGUCCGAGGUGUGCUUCACCUUUGUGCUAGCGGCUGUGCUGUUGCACCGGUAUGGCAACUUCAGCCAGCAUCCGCUGCUGGUCACAGUCAGCGUGUUUGUGGCCUGGUACUUUUCUUUCACCAUCAUCUUCAUCCUGCCUCUGGAUGUGUCCACGGCGGCCUACCGGCAGUGCCUGCACGAUGCCAGCCAAGUGCCCAAUAAUGGAACAAUGAGCAACAGCACCCCUCUCCACCAAGCAGCCUGUGUGCGGCCCUGGAGCUUUGUCCCAGAAGGGGUCCUGCAGAGCCUCUGGCGUGUCGUCUACUGGACGUCCCAGGCCUUGACCUGGUUGAUCCUGCCUCUGAUGCAGUCGUACUCUACGGCGGGUGAGUUCACCAUGGCCGGCAAACUGCGGCGUGCCCUGAUUGAGAAUGCCAUCUACUAUGGUAGCUACCUGCUCAUCUUUGGUGUGCUGCUUGUCUACCUUGCUCUGCAGCCAGGCAUGAACCUGGAUGCGGCCAAGCUGAAGGUGGUGUGUGUGAGUGCCAGCAACACGUGGGGCCUGUUCCUGCUGGUGCUGCUGCUGGGCCAUGGCCUGGUGGAGGUUCCGCGGGGCCUCUGGCACCGGGCCCAGCCUGGACACACCUUGUGCCACACCUACUUUCGGGCAGCCAAGCUCAGCCUCGAACGGGCCGAGGCACAGGAGCGCCUCGACGACCUCCUGCAGCGUGUGCCUAGAUUGUGGGAAAUCCAGCAAGUGUCAAGCAGCCUCAGCUCGGGCCAUCUGCAACGCCACAUGGAUGUCAUCCUGGCCAAGCUUCCUGAAGGUACCAAGGUCAGUGGCCAUUCCCGGCAACGAGUCAACGCCGAGGUGGACAUCCUGUCAGGCUCGGUGGUCACUGAGCGUACUCUCGUUCGGCUGCACCAGCAGGUGAUCCGAGCUCUGCAGCACGAGAACCGUACCAGCUGCCAGUGGCGACUGCUGGUGGAGCAGGCCCUGUACCUGGAGGAUGUGGCACGCACCGCAGAAGCUGGCCGUGGUGAACGCCGAUUGCGCUCGCCAACCCUGCUGGGUUCCUGGUGUGGACCCACCGUAGAAUGGUACUGGCUGUGCCGGGUGCGCAGUGUGUGCCUGCGGGCGCUGUCCCUCCUGCUGGGUGUGUGGAGUGUGGUGGUGGUGUGGAGCGAGAUGACCUUUUUCAUUCGCUCGCCCAUGGUGUCCCUGUUUGGGCUGUUCCACCGGGCGGCUGAGCGGCGGCACGACUACCUCGCCAUUGAGUUGAUGAGCAUUGUGACCCUGGGCUACCUGUGCGUGUGCGCCUACUACACCGUGUUCCGGGUGCGGGUUCUCAACUAUUACUACCUGGCGCCGCAUCACCUGACGGAUGCCUACAGCCUGGUCUUUGCCGGCAUGCUGCUGUGCCGGCUCACGCCACCACUCUGCCUGAACUUUCUUGGCCUGCUGCACCUGGACACGCACGUAUCCUCCGAGGCACACCGUGUCGAGACCGCCUACACUGAGAUCAUGGGCCACCUGGAUCUGAUUCCGAUUGUGGCACGGGGCUUCAACCUGUACUUCCCGACACUUAUCUGCGUGCUAUGCCUGGCCACCUGGUGGCACCUGGGAAGUCGACUGCUGCACUGCCUCGGCUUUGAGCAGUUCAUCACUGACGACGAGCUCACAGGGGACCUAGUCAACGAGGGCAGGGACCUCAUCAAGCGGGAGCGCGGGCGACGUCAGAGGGCGGCGGACCAGCGACGGAGGCCUGCUGUUCCAAGGCAGCCACUGGCGGAUCACUCGCCCCCCAAUGGAGGAGGCCUGGGCCUGACCCGCUCCGGCUCAGAGGAGAGUGCACGCACUGAGUUGCUCCGCGGUGUGGAGCCCCUGGCCGGCUACACAGCUCCGCGGGCAACCGAAGAUGCUUGGCGGCGGCCCUUCUCGUCCCCGCCCAGAGGACUCUUUGAUGACGUCUGAGGCUGGAAGGGCAUCAUACAUGUCCACGAGAUAGAAGGCAGGCGGCACGAGCACACGGCGGCGACGUUCUGGCCGGGCAGCUGGGCGUAGAGCUCGGGCCCGUAGCCUGACUGCUCUCGUCCUGCCCACGGGCGCAGAAGCUCGCCGGCCUUGAGCAGCUGGCGGCACACAGGAACGGGUUGGCAAGAGGCGCCGGUCGGGUGAAGUCCUGGUGGCUCGGGUCCGGAACCCGACGGCCCGUCUUCAACUCCCGGUCCGGUGGCCGAUUUUCUCCUGGCGUCGCUUCCUGGAACUCUCCCGGCGUCUCCCCCUUCUGCCAGCGCGCCUCGCCUUUUCUUCCGCUCUGGCCGAUUAGUCAUUUUCCGAUUGACUGCCUGACGCCCCGUGGUCUUUCCUAAUUGGUUGGCUUUUCUUCGUUUAGUUCCUUUUGUUGCGCCGCGCGUUCACGUGCCGGACGCUCUUCGGCGUCGUCGUUUUCCUCCAGCACGGAACUCGCCUCGGCGCGCGCACUCCUUGGCGUCUGCUUCUGUCCGUCCCGAUCACCGCACCAUGUCGCGCACCACACAUCACGGUAGCCAUUCUUUCUAAUAUUAUGGCAUGAUUGACUUGAUCGAAGGCUUUGCUGAAGUCCAGUUAAAGUCCUCGUGUAAUCUUAUAUUCAACGUUCUCUAAUACAAUCUUUUUGUGAAACAGCAGUGUGCUUUCUGUGGACCAUUUUUUUUUUAUCCAGACUGAUGCUUUGUAAAGAGAUUAAGUUUUUUUUUUACUAAAUUGUCAAUGCGGGUAUUAAUAACUUUCACGAGGUCUUUCUAAAAACUGACAAAAUUGAGACCGAGCAGUAGUUAGAAAAGCUAUUGUCACCCUAUUUAUAUAAUACUUUUUGUAGUAACUACAGUGACGGGGCCCGGUACUUUAACAUCUGCACUACAGCGACGGGGCCCGGCACUUUAACAACAGCACUACAGUGACGGGGCCCGUCACUUUAACAACAACACUGUAGCGACGGGGCCGUCACUAUAACGAUGUCGGUAUUGGGGGUGAGCAUAGAGUUUCUUUAUAGUAUAUUCUAGGCACUAUACACCAGAACACCGUGAAUUCAAAGGGCGCCGCCAUAUUGAUGAGCGCCGGUCGCGCCAUCUAUCCCAAGCGCCGCGAAGUAGCAGGCCUGGGCUGCCACGCCGGGAGAUGCGACCCGGCGCGAAAGCGAAACUUGGGCUUUUUAGCUGGGCGGAAGGCGUGUUUCACGUUUUUUCUAACCUGUCAUUUUCGCUGCCUGGAUUCAAUCAAACUUCAAGACCUCGUGCAAGUCCACAAUGGACACACUGAGUGCUGUGCAGACUGCAGAAGCGAAUACAUCGGGUAGGUACGCUAUUACGUUUGUACAAACCGCGCGCUAUAUGCUAGAACACCUGUGAGCUUUUUGGCACAUAACCUGUGAAG